AUGCAACUGUUCCCUCCUGAGUUCGGCCCAUUUCUCCGUCAUGGGCUGCUUCGCCGGUACGGACCGCGCCGCCGCCUUCUCCAGGCCUUGCUGAUAAGCUUCGCGCUAUGGACCGUCCUAGAAGUCCUACUCAUAUAUCAACGGGUCUCAACAGCGGACGCGAUCAAGCCCCGUAUGCCACAGAAACCGGAGCGAAUAUACAUUGCGAGCAUGCACUGGAACAACGAGGCGAUUCUCCGGAGUCACUGGAAUGACGUAAUCAUCCAAUUGGCUAAAGCAUGGGGUACGGAGAAUGUGUUCGUCAGUGUCUAUGAGAGCGGAAGUUGGGAUAAUACAAAGGGUGCGCUUCGUGAUCUUGAUGCGGAGCUGGAUCGCCUCGGCGUGAAACGGAAUAUCACCCUCUCAGACAGGACUCACGAGGAUGAAAUUUCCGUUUCUCCCUCGAGUGAAGGCUGGAUAGAUACUUCUCGCGGUCGGAAGGAACUCCGGCGAAUACCUUACCUGGCUCGGCUCCGUAACUUGACUUUGCGUCCUCUGGAGGAUCUUGAACGACAAGGCAUAGCGUUUGAUAAGAUCCUCUUCUUGAAUGACGUUGUAUUCACCGUACGUAUCAAUCCUACUACAGCAUUGUUGAAGAAUGACUUCCAACCCUAUUCGAUGCUCGCGCAGGUGGAUGAUGUUAUUGAACUUCUUAACACAAACGACGGGGUAUACGCCGCCGCUUGCUCUAUAGACUAUUCCCGACCCCCGUUGUAUUAUGAUACUUUUGCUUUGCGGGAUAGCGAUGGCGAUGAGCAUGUCAUGCAAACGUGGCCUUAUUUUCGUUCUACAACAUCUCGGCAUGCGCUCUACAACAUGUCACCUGUCCCCGUCAAGAGUUGCUGGAAUGGCAUGGUCGCGAUGCCCAUUGAGCCCUUCGUCUCGGCCACGCCGCUGCGAUUCCGUGGGAUUUCCGAUUCUCUAGCACUAUUCCAUCUUGAGGGCUCUGAAUGUUGCUUGAUCCAUGCGGACAAUCCUCUCUCGGGACACCAGGGCGUCUACCUGAAUCCCAAGGUCCGUGUUGGUUAUAAUGGCGAGGCAUACGAAAAAGUCCACCCUGCUGGCUCCUGGCUUUCUCCACAAUAUAUUGCCGUAGCUAUGUGGGAGAACAGAUUGCGACGUUGGGCUACCACGACUCUUUUCAAGAAGUGGGUCGUUCAACGGAGAGUUGCCCAGUGGAUGGCUCUCUCUAGCGGUCGACAUGAACCCGGCGACUUUUGUUUGAUUAACGAGAUGCAGGUGCUCGUUGCGAAUGGCUGGGCCCAUGUGUAG